AUCGUGUCGCAGCAAGCGGCGAGCGUGUCGCGGUUUGGUUUGCGUGACCGCGUGAAAUGAGAGGAGCAACUAGCCGCGGUGCCACGGUGUGAACCAAGCUGGUGGCAAGGUGUAAUGAGUGAAACCCCCAAUAGCCACUCAUAACUUUACAAUUCUAGUGUACGUUUUGUUCCUCGAAUUGCUGUCCUAUUCCUCUGGCUCCCCAAAAAGGCAAUAGCCUUCGAAUAUACGACACCUUACCCUUCGCUAGCUAGCGCAUAACAUAUCAUUUGAAAUCCCAUGAUCCCAUGGUAUGGCCCCACGUCUGUACGUCUUCAAGACUCUGAAUGCUUGCAUUUCAACCGUAAAAGUAACUAACGACUGAAAGUAGAUUAGAAUGACCACUGGGUACAGCGGGAAGCACGGAACUACUGCAGCACUACCUAUUCAACAUUAAGAAGGCAACAGAAUUCAAAUUCAAUUUGCGGCACGUGUGUUCAGUGUCACCACAAACUACGCACCUUUGCCACACAAACAAAAACCUCACACCUCUCAGUACGACUAAACUCGAAAUGAAAUAGAUCAGCAGACAAUUUAGAAGCGAAAUACGAAGCAUUAAACACAUAGAACCGAACAGCAAGCAGUAAAACACCCACAAAAACUCUAGCUCUAGCACAUACUGAUCAGGAUCAGCAAAGGAUCCUGCCCGGAAUAUCGCAAAAUUUGGCGACAAAUUAGGAAAAAUAUACGACAACACACACAAGAGAAAAGAUGAGAUUAAGAAGAUGCUCGUUAGAAGAAGUUAGCCACCAAGAUAGACAUUUGGAGUGGUGUGCUGAGAAUUCCCGGGAUAUCUGGAGUAGAACGUCCUCUCGAGUCUAUACUACGUCUGGCAAAGAGGAGCUACAGCUUUCUGGAUCCACUUUCAAUCAGACUUGGCAAGUACCGAUAGCCAUGGCCAGUUUGCAACCUAAAUGCACAUCGAUUUAGAGCAUAAUUGCUGACCAAGUCGAAGCAACGGCUAGAAGAAUGUAAACUUUACUUUGAAAACCAGAUGUAAUGGCUGGCUUUUAUUGCAUAGAAAAGCGGUGUAAAAAUUCAGAUCGAAGAUAUUUUAAACAGCAACGCGUUGAGUUCCCUGUGAGGAUCCUGGUCUCUGUACCACCCACCAUUCAUUAUUAGCACUCCCUUGUCUCUCUCUGCACUUCAUUUACUUGUUUUCGCACGUGUGUUUUUGCUGUGAGUGUGUCCGUGUCUGCGUAUGUGUGUAUCGUUAUGCAAUCUCGCAUCAUCACGUUCGUUCUAGUCCAACAUAGGUAUUCCUUAUCACAACAAAAUGAGCACCACACUCUACUACCUACAGCACAGUACCACACGGUGCCAUAAGUCGAGCUUACGUUUACAAACAGGAUAUUACAUAUAUCAAGGAGAGCAAUUAGGUGUACAGCUUUGGUCGUAGCGUAUUUCCCGCAAACAAUGUCUUAAGGUGUCGAUACUGAUUGAUGAAGUAUCAUUUUUCAAUUUUUUUUUAGCAUCUACGACCUUGCAAUUCAAUGAAAAGACCAUUUAAAGUUUACAAUAUUCUUGGUUUAAUGGCGUCUAGUAAUGCCGAAUUGGAAGCAAUACUUUUUUCCAUUUAAAAUUACUCUACAACUAGCUUCAACUCUCUUGAAAACCUUGGGUUCUGAAGUAAGAAUACAGUAAGGAUACUCCAAAUGCAAUAUUGAAAGGGAUUUGCAGCUCACAUCGCGACUAGUCGAGAGUAGGUGACGAAAAAUGAAUCUUUUAUGUUCCACAGAUAUUUAAGCCAUUACGACCAAAGUUGUAAACCUAAUACUAUCCUUCUGUUAUCCAGUAAUAUUGUAUUUAAGUGUUAACCCAUCCGUAUAGUGAGUAAUGCAGGGAUUUUCGUUGAACAACCGCGUUUAUGCGGUUCGAAAUCGAAUUAUCAACUUUUUUAGGGACAUCACUGGUAGCAAAGAGAGUGCCGAGGAGAUUUUUUAAAACUAGUUACAGAACACGUGUGUGCGGUAUUCUAAUUCUGGUCCGUUUUUGGCGAGUACAGUCGUUGGCGUUAGAAGGAUGUAUUUUUGCCUUUUCUUUUUUUGGAGAACGAAACGUAUAGAUACUUUUAAGGAUUCGCUGUUCGAUGGAUCGUGGUGCGAACGAGAACCGUGUAGAAAAUGGGGCAAAAAGAAUGAAAAAGCUAGCCGCAGUACGUCGGCAGAAGGAGUGGCGUACACGGUUCGAUAAGAUUUUAGGAUCUUUCUUCUAAUCCCACACGACACCACUUUCUUAAACGCAAUAUUGCCGCCCAUUUGGAAACGGAACGGAAACGUUACCAGCAUGCAACAAAGAACAAUACGCAAUAACAAAAGGAUAACGAUAUGAAAUUCACAAUACAAUAUUUAGAAAUAAUGCCUGAACGUGAGGGAAAGGAUGCACUAUAAGUAAAAAUUUAGCAAAAAUGUUUCCAUUUUUUAGGACGAGGAAAACAGCUGGUUCCUUCGCGCUAGAGCAAUGAAACGGAGCGAAGAGGAGAUCAAAAACGAGGACGAAAAGCAAAAGAUGCAAUUAAUAGUUUAAACAUGCGCGCGAAGCUUCUCAAUCGCCUAGCGAGAAGAACAAUUGGACGGAAACACAAUGCAAUGGAAGGAAACUAGAAUUGCGCUGGGAAAAGAAACAUACUGAAAAACCAAAAAAACACUAUCACCACGUAGCCAUACUUUUAUCAAUAUCUUAGCUAAAAUGAAAGUAAACCAGACGGAACGAGAAGACAGUGGGAGUAACGGGCUGAUCGAUCUUCGAGUUCAAUUCGAAGACGAUCGCCUCGAUCGCUACACGUGGGCUGCUGCUGAUGAUAGGAAGUAGUGAUGGAAUGCUAGUCAAAAGGUUCUCCCCAACCGCCCCCCCCCCCCUCCCUCUUAAUAUCCUUAGAAAACAAUGUCCCUUUGGGUUUGUUUCUUGCUGUCUUUCUAAUAUUAGAUAAAUCCUAUCGUUGGCGUAGCCCACCCCCGGGUACCGAUCGAACGAGAUCGCUAUCUCCUACCGUAAAACAUCUGCCGAAGGGUUUGUUUGCAUGUUUUGCAUUUAAGUUUACGAAUUUACGACGAGAGUGCAGGAUUUUGUAGGUUAUUUUAGGGGUUAUUUUUGCAAUGAAUCUUUUGAAAAAAAAAAACGAAAGCUCCGACCAAAGCAGCGCGAUUCUCUCUUUCUAGUAGCCUUUAAGUUUGCCAUUACCUUUUUGUCAAUAUUGUGAUGUUUCUCCUUUUUGUUGUGUUUUAUGUGGAAAAGAAAUAAUAGAUAACACAUUGUUCGGUGUAAAAUUGGUGGCUUUUG